ACUUGUUUUACACGAACCGCUCAUGAAAAGUCUAUGAUUCAUACUGAACUGAUGCGGCAUAAAAAUCAAAAACUGAGAAAUAUUCACACAAAAUGUUACCGAAAACGGAUGGAUUAUUAAAAAAAUACAUCCAAAUAUUUCUGGUAGUGAGCGGUUAUUGGAUUAUCUCCAUUUUAACAGUAUUUGUAAAUAAGACUUUAUUAAGCGGUUUAAAUGUGAACGCGCCUAUGUUUAUAGCGUUCUAUCAAACCGUCGUUUCUGCUUUAAUAUGUUACUUUAUUAAGACGUUGAGUACAAUUUUUCCAAACUACUUUUCAUUUCCUGAUGCAACACCUUUUAAAUGGAAAACAAUAAAGGAUGUAUUCCCGUUAUCUGUGAUGUUUUUAUGUAUGAUUGCAAUGAAUAAUUUGUGUUUGAAGUAUGUUUCAGUGGCAUUUUAUUACAUUGGAAGAUCUUUAACGACUAUUUUUAAUGUAUUAUUCACCUAUUUGUUAUUAGGUGAAAAAACGUCAGGCAAAUGUGUGUUUUUUUGCCUUCUAAUUACGUUUGGAUUUUAUUUGGGAGUUGAUGAAGAAAACUUAGCUGGUAGCUUAUCAAUAAGUGGAACGAUUUUUGGUGUUUUAGGAUCCCUUUCAUUAUCGCUUUAUUCAAUUUUUACAAAAAGUGUCUUACCAAAAGUUGACAAACAAGUACUCUUAUUAUCUUACUACAACAACAUUUAUAGCAGCAUACUAUUCAUACCAAUUAUACUCAGUUUGGGUGAAUGGAACGAAAUUUUAACCAAUAAAGAUAUUGCUACUAUUUCCUUUUGGAUUUUAAUGACUCUCGGAGGUGUUUGUGGUUUCGCCAUAGGAUUUAUGACUUCAUUACAAAUCAAGGUUACUUCAGCGUUGACUCAUAACAUUUCUGGUACGGCUAAAGCUUGCGCUCAAACCGUUUUAGCGACUUAUUGGUACAACGAGGCCAAAACGUUUUUAUGGUGGAUAUCAAAUUUUAUUAUUUUGUUUGGAAGUGCUGGGUACGCUCGGGUUAAGCAACUGGAUAUGGAGAAGAAAUUUCGACAAUCUCCAGUUUACACAAAAGUUUAAUAAUUCAAAAACAAGUUUAUUUAUUUUAUUACGUUUUCAUUAAAAGCUAGAGAAUUAAUGUUUAAAAUGUAUGUUUAAUCUUUUAUCCUCUUUGCGUCAUUGUCACACUAAUAUUUACUUUUAGAACCUAAAAACAAGUGGAGAGCAAAUAGUAUUUUAUGAUACUACAAAUAAAGGAAGUUUUAACAAAU